AUGCUAAUGAAGACCGUAUGGACAAUCCAGGCUCCUGCUUUAUGGUACGCCAGCUCGACCGGGAAGUAUGACGACCUUACAGAAUAUCGUCCUCACGAAAUCGACACGCGGUCAUGUGGCGACCCCAUAAGGAGCACCGAGUUGGGCGGAUGUAGCGCGUCUGCACCGCUCACAUGGGCUGCAGGCGCGCUAAGGCGUCCCAUACCGUUCCCACAGACGCCAUGCGCUACCACUCAAGGUUGCGAAUCCGACAAAAACUCGAACCACGCUGGAGCAAACUCGGUCGGCCGGCUUCAUUGCUACGAAGCGUCGCGCUCGCUUAUCCACUUG